UGGCGUAAUGGCUAUAAUAUCUAGUGUUCUUAUGGUGUGAAACGUAACUGUAUGGUGGAUUGACGAGUGGAGGUUUAUGUGUAAUUUUGAGGAACUUAAGCCACUCUUCCACGAUCGCUAUAUUUACUAGUAUCUAGUUGGAUAAUACAUAAAGUGUGGGGUGCAAAAACUUUUUCAAAUGAGUAUGUAAAUGAAGUGAUACAUGAAAAUAAGUACUGGCAUCUUGAAAAGCAAACUGUAACCUUUCCUGUUGACGUAAAGCUAGAAGCAAUACGUUGUUUUCAGUUUUACUUCUUUUCGCCAAAGAUGUCCAUAGCAGAAUUCUUGAAAGAGUUGCCUUCUCAUAAUGAAAGCAACUUUACAAAGUUUCAAGCUGACACAACAUCAAAGACCACUGUAAAAAGACCAGCAGUAUAUCUACCCACAAAGGAUCAUCCAUCUGAACAAAUUAUAACAACGGAGAAGACAAAUAUUCUUUUACGGUAUUUACACCAGCAAUGGGAUAGAAAAAAUUCAACAAAAAAACGAGAUUCUAGCCAUACAGGAAGUGGAACUGAAGAUGAAAAUACUUCCCGUAAAAGGCUACGCACCGAUGGUGCUAGUAAUAGCCCAUCUUAAUGCUACUCAGUAUUGUUCAGUGCAAGGAGGUGGAUAUAAAAACGGUCUGUAUAAAGUAAAAUAAAACUGUCAAGUGCUAGCAAUGGAAUAUCAACAGAAUCUACUUUUCAUUUUUUUUCUUCAUUAUUAUAAUAAGACAAAACUUCAAAUGAACCUAGCAGUAUUUUGUAUACAGCACUUUAAACAUUGACACUAAAAUAUGAAUUAAUGAUUACUUUUUGUUAAACUUAUCCUGCAUAAUAUAGGAGGAACGUUACCUUUAAAAAAUCCUUUGUAUUUAUGUAUUUCGCUAUUUAUCAUUAAACUGAUUGGAGCAUGACUUUAAAAAGUUCAUCAAAAUAAUAACAAAAACAUAUCAUCAUAUGCGUGACAAAUUCCUUUGAAAAAAAUAAGUUAUUAAAUGUUUUACUCUAUGCUUUAAUUGAUACUUUUAAGUUGAUAUUGCAAUCAGUUCUGUAUAGUUACACAGUGAAUUUUACUACACAUGCAACUGUAAUUUAGAAUAGAUAACAUGCCAAAUUAAAGAUUCUUAAAGAUAUUAGUGAAAUUAAAUAAAGCUGGUUUCAUACUUUCAUCUUUCUAAUGAUACUAAUGUUUUACUGGCAAAUUGUUAUGACAAAUGAGUUAUGUGUGUGUGCUAUAGCUUCUCACAGAGAGCCAAGUAUGUACAUCGUAAUGUUCAAAUAGCUUUUUAAAAUUACCGUUUUUAUACUGAAGACAAUUCAAAUAUAUUCUAGUAAAAGACUAUAUUAUGUUCCUCGUAUGGGAACUGUUAUACUUAAAAAACAACAACAGGAAACCAGAAGUAAAAAGCAACUAUAAAUUGCUUAUUGUUUUAUGAAACUGGCACUGUUUGAAUUUGUGUUGAAAAUUUAGUAUUGUAGUUUACUAUAUACAAUUAAGACAACAAAUGUAACAAUGAACUUUGUUAAAACAGAACAAAAAUUGUUUGACAGAUAAGGCAUUGUUUAUUAAAAGAUACAAAUUCAAUGAAUGUGAACACAUGUUAUCAGAGUAAAUUUUACAUUAGCAGUAUGUUCAUAAGACUAAGUUCUUUGUUACUGAAAAUUUAAAUACCUUAAAAACCGGGCAGUUUUUCUGUAUAUACGUAUGUAACAUUUACCUUUAACAGCAUACCCGAAUCUUGGAAUAAGUUAAUUGAAGCUGUUUGAACAUUAAAAUAAUUGGGAGCCACGGCUUGUUUGAAAUACAGCAAUUAUGGGGAUAUCCAUGACUUUUUAAAAAUUAUAUUACUACUUGUUAAAAUUAAACUUUCCUUUAAAGAAGAAAUGUAAAGAGGACAUCUCAAUAUUUAAAGUAAUUUUAUCGAACACUUUCCAUAUCUAUCACACUUUUUGUUCUGUUGAAUAUUUCUGCCAUCAUAUAUGACUAUAUGCAUUUCAUGAUUUGACAUGUCACUUUUUUGUUAUAUUGUCUAUGAUUUAUCAACUUUGUAUUAGUGUUGUUCUCUCAUAUAAAAACUUACAAAUAAUGUGUGGUUAUUCUUCAUUUCUUUCAAUAUAUGUAUUACAUGUUUAACUACCAGGGACUCUGCAAUAAUGUAAAAAUACGUGUGGCUUUGACUGGUGGUAUAUAAUAAUUUUUGACACAUUUGGUAUUAUACCUAUUGUAUGUUUUUAGUUAUGUCUUUUCACAAAAGUUUCCUUUUUUUUUAUGGAAAAGUUAACAGAUUUGCUCUUCAAUAAAAGAAAGUGUAAAAUGCUACACACACACAUGUAUGUUUCCAAUGGGUUAGAUUAUCUAAAAUAAACCUUUUUUUUAUUACUUAUCAAACUUAUGGUAGCCUAUCAUUAAUUCUACUGUGAAACAAAUGCUUUUUGAGACCAUAAGAAAUACUAACCCAAAUAAAUUGAUGCAAUAUCCCAAAAGGUUCAACAAAUAAAACUGUUGUAGUGUUCAAAAGUAGUAUUAUUUAAUAAAUAAAAGAACACUUAAAAAUAAUGUGAUGAGUUAACUUUAGAGGCUUAUACAUUACACCAAUACUUUCAGGCUAAACAAGCAAUAACACUAAUUUGUAAGUAAAGUGCCUUAAUUGAGAACCACAGAUUUAAUCAUCUGAUUAUCCUAUUUUGGAAAAAAAAAAGUCCCAUGCAUAAAAUUGAAUACUGCUACAAAUAGUCUUAAGGAAACAAUAAAAAAACAACACCUAAAUACAUUUGCUAAUUGUGUUAUAUAAAUAUCAAAGAAAAGAUAAAGGCCUAUUAAAUUAUUUCUAAUUGGAACAUUUUGUAUGUGAAUUACUUACGAAAGUAAUUUACUAAUCAUUAGGGAUUAAGGUAAUAAUGUUAAUAUUGGAAAACUGCCAUAAACUAUUUUAAUUAAUAGUUAAUGCAAGGUACGUAUAACAUGCAGACAGUAUCAAUAAAUACAUUUAAAGGUCUAAGGUUAACUUAUUAGGCUUAAAAAUUGAAUCAUAGGUUAUAUGUAUUAAAAUAAAGCCAGUAGUUUUGAGUAUGCACAAGUCCGAUUAUAAUUCAUGAAGUUUAAUACUAACUUGUACACCAGACUUCAAAGCUACUUUCCUACAUAAUGUUUUAAGUGUGGUGGUAUAUAUAUAUAUAUAUAUAUAUGUAUAUGUAUAUUAGUCAAAUAACCACAUACACUGUUGUAUGAGUGUGUUUAUGAUAAAAUUCAGUAAUAAAUUAAUUUGGCUACAGUUUAUUCUAGAUGCUGUGAGCAGUAACAUGUGUCUGCUUAAUUAGCAUAUUCUAUCACUUCAUUUGCUAAGUUCUAUUGUUCUGAUGUUUUUCAGUAUCCUUAGAACAUUUGAUCUGGUUGGUAGAUUUAAAAAGUGUUGUGACAACUCCAGGGAAUGAACCCAAGUUUUAGUGCUAUAAGCCCUCAAGCUUACAACUGAGCCAUAUAAUCAAAAUUGGUUGAAAGCAGUAUUAUUUUUAACAAAUAAAAACUUAAUAUCCUUAUGUUGCUGUUGUAAUUUUAAUAAAUUACAAACUAUCAGAUCUAGCUUCAUCUAAUUGGGUUAAAAUUUUCAAAGUGUGAAAAGUAUGAGGUGAAUUUCAUGAGAAUUUGGAAAUGUGUAUUACUUUGGCCAUAACAUUUAGUUUCUUUCCCUCUUAUCCACAAACAGUGGCUUAACAGCAAGUCUGAGGGUUUAUAAUGCUGAAAAUCAGGUUUUAAUACCUGUGGUGGCAGAGCAAGACAGCCUGUUGUUCAGGUUUGCACUUAGAAACAAAUAAACAAAAGCAUUAAUUUCACUGGAACCACAUCAAUGAGGAAUGGAAAUGUACAGUAGUACACAGUUGUUGUUUAACAUAACUAAUUUUUAGACAAACUUUCUUGUGUGUAAAAGUCUUGGGUAUGAAUAAAAUAAUCCUAUUCGAAA